AUGAAAACUAAUCUUGAGUUGAGUUGAGCUUUCUCGCUUUCUCCUUUCUAGGAUUAUUAUACUUGUUGUAUUCGAUCAACAAAAAUUUUUGUGCUUUAUGUGGUGCUUUUAUGUUGUUCACUAGAGAUCACUGUAAAUUUUGGAUUUUCAAUUCAGAUAUUUAGCAUUGUCUUUAUGUUGAUAAUUUUUAUUUAAAAAAGUGUCCCAGUCUCAUCUCAGUGACUGGUGAAUCUUUUUAACAUAUUGUGUGGAAAAUAAACUCAACUUCAACUACUCAUGGCUGCACUACAAGUUACAUUUCAUAAUGGAAGAGGACAUUGACAUUGAAGAGCAUGAUGUGCUAAAUCAUCCUGCUAUAAAGAGCAUAUUUCCAGAUCUUUCUGUUAUUAAAAAAGAAAUUUCUGUGUAUGAAGAACAAGCAUUAACUUUAAAGACUGAACCAGAAGCAAGCUCUCAAGUUUCAAUACUAGAAAACACAGGAAAUGAUAAUAGAGUUUGCUUGAAAAAUAAUUAUAAAAAGUCUGAAGAUGAUGUCAAGUUUAUUGAAGAAAUCCGACCCCCAACAAAUAUGUCGUUGGAGAACGCAAAACAAAUAUUCCGAAACAAGAUUAUUUUAGGAUCGAAACCAUCUCUACCACAAAAUUGUGAAGACCAUUACAAUGGCACAUUGACUAAUUAUGAAAAAAAUAUAAAACCUUUUUUGGCUAAAGUUUACUUAAGAGAUAUGGGGUCUUAUUUGUAUAACAGUGGAAGGUUUUGUCAAAUGUGUGGCAUAUUUUUUCCCCAAAAAAUUAACCUUGAAAAUCAUAGUAAAUGUUUUCAUGAAGCUAAAUGCAAUAGUACUGUUGAACAUGGACGAGGUAAAAUGAGCAAGUGUGAACUAUGUUCAAAAGUUUUUUCUACAUCAGGUAAUUUAUCCAAACACUUGAGAAAUAUUCAUAAACAGAAAAAUCCUAAACGUCAACAAUUCACAAAUGAGAGAUAUAUAAAUCCAAGUAAAAGAUUAUCAAACAUAUCUAAAUUCAUUGCUUCCAAAAGUAAAUCUUUGCCACAAAGCAGGUGCUUUCACUGUAAAAAGUUGUUUCCUUCACAGAAAUGUCUCAUAGAACAUAUUUAUAAAGUAUUGAAUUCGUCAAACUUAACUCAAAAAACAAAAGUGAAACUAAUGAAAAAUAAAAAAAAUAUUCGGGAAACCUACAUAACGAACAAACAGCGUCAGAGUUAUCUUUUACGUAAAAAGUACAAUAAAGAGAAAAGUAAAAAUAUUGAAAACAAAAAAACACACGAAAACUCUUCUCUUUAUAAAUGUUACUACUGUUCUUAUUACUUUAAUGAGAGAAAGUUUUACAUCAAGCAUUUGGCCAAGAAACACAAAGAUAAUGAUGUAAUUAUAACAAAUAAAGUAAUAUUUGACCCUCAUUGCAAAUUUUGUCCUGCAAAUGUUAUGCUGCUUAAUGUAUAUUCUUACAAUAUACAUUUAUUAAGUUCACAUAAAGAUAUGGUAAAUGAGACUUUUAGAAUUGAACCUAAAUUGCAUUUGACAAAAGUAGAAUUGAUCUUGGCUGGGAAACAAAGUGACCCUGAAAAUGUUGAAGAUUGUAGUAAGCGAGCUAAUAACAAUCAAACUGAAGAAAAUGUAUCAUAUUCAUCUAUGAAUCAAGAUAUUGAAACUAGAAAGGAUGUUUCAUUCUUGGACAUGGGUGAAAAAGAGCAACUUCUAGGAAAAUCUAAUGUAAUUACAAAAUCAUAUGACUCAAGUAAACAAUCUAAUGUAAUUACAGAAUUAUAUGAAUCAUGUAAGAAAUUAGACUUUGAUAAUGGGAUGGAUGAAGACACAGAAGAAAACAAUGAAUUUGAUUAUGAACAAAAUGAACCCCUGGUCUUAAAAGGGAUAUUAUUCAAAUGUAAAAGAUGUGAUAUAAAUUUCUUAACAAAUAGAUGUGCGAUGAGUCAUUCAGAGCACAUGGAAUACUUAAUCAACUGGAAAUGUCAUAUUUGUCUCAAAAUCUUUAAAAAAAACGAUGAGAUUUUACAUAUUCAACAGCAUAGUUUUUCUAACGAGUUUGUGGUGUAUGAAUUAAGUGAAUCCAAAUUAUCGCGAGUGUUGUAUAAGUGUCCCAAAUGUGCUAUUCAUUUUGAUGAUUACAAAUAUGGUUUUCAUUUCAAGUUGUGUGGUAAAAUUGUAGCAGAGUCUUCUUAUUGCAAUGCAUGUGAUAUUUUGUUGGAGAAAAGUGUAGUACAAGGCCAUGAAUACGAACACAAAACGAACAACCAAUCGUUGUCUGAUUUUACUAUAAUAACUUCGGAUGUUAUCAAUAACUUUUCUGAAGCAGACGUCAAAAUAUUAAAGAAAGAAAUUAAUCCAUUCAAAAAGGAACUUAAAUCACUAAAUAACAAUAAUAAAGAUAAAUUUAAAAUGAGCUAUUGCUAUACGUGCAAAACUUUCAUAAGCCUCAUUUAUAUGCGCAAUGUACAUAAAGAAGGUAAUUGUGCUCAUAUGAUAAAACACGUUUGCAAAUAUUGUGGUUUAAUUUUGACUAAUCAAUCGUUGAAAACUCAUAGAAAUAAACAUAAAUUAGACAAAAAUUUGAAAUUACAAGAUUUUAAAUUUUACAAUAUAAAAACCAAUAAACGAAUGUUACCGCCUAUACCGGAUUAUCCCAAAUGUAAGAGUUGUGACGUACGUUUUCUAACUAAAACAGCAGUAACAAAUCACGUGUGUGAAAAUAUAGACUUCUUAACGUGCCCUACUUGUAAUAUCAAACUUUGCGAUGAAGCGUUUAAAUUGCAUGUAUCAUUUCACCAUUAUUAUAUUAAACGACCAGACGAUCGCGUUUGUAAUAGAAACAUAACAGAUAAGCCUGAAUCGAUUGAAAGUGAAUGCAGUACUUCAUGUAACGAUUUGUCAACAGUAAUUGAAAAUAUCUCUAAGAAUAAUAUGGAUUUUGCUGUAAGAUCUGAGCAAAAUGAGAAAGAAACAAUUAGUAACAGUCAAUUUCAUGAACUCGAACGAAGCAGUCCUGAAGUUAAAUUGAAUAAAUACAAUAGUGGUUCUGUAAAAUCUGUUGUGAAAUUAACAAGCAGUGAAAUGGAUACUGGAAAAUCCGUAUCUGAACCAUUAGCAGAAGGAGAAUCAACUAUAGAAUUAUUUGGUGUUUUCUUUUGUUGUUUGUAUUGUUACGUGACACUUACGACGUAUGAUCAAGUAGUGCAGCAUUGCCAAGACCAUUAUGGUGAAGUGGAUAUUACAAAAAAAAUUAAAACGUGCAGUGAAUGCAAGAUGAAAUAUGACCAAAGCUUUGCCGUAGAUCAUUCAAAGUUACAUGACUUACGAGCAUCAGGAAAAGACUUAAAAGUUCUUAAUUUUGACGCUGUUUAUUUUGCUGUUGAUUAUAAACUUUGGAUUAAACUUAUGUUUGACUCAUUGGAACCAGAAGAAACUCAUUAUAUUUUAAAUCGCUCUAUUUAUAAAUACGAAGGAAGAAUGAAAUUGCAAGUGUUUCAAAAGGGAACUUCAGAAUUGACUGUUUAUAAGUGCAACACUUGUAGGAUGUUUGUACAGCCAAAAUACAUAUUCAGUCAUGCAGAAGAUUCAUGUUUUAGACUGAGGAAACACAUGUGUUCGUUUUGUGGGUUACCGUUUGUGUCGCAUUUGUUUAGAAUAGACCAUGAGAAAAUUCAUCGACGCACUCCUGGCCUUAGUGCUAAUUCGUUUAAUAUUGUUGUUUUUAAUCGAACCAAGGAUAAAGAAUAUAUUAAUAAUAUUAUCAGCAGUCGUGAUAAUUUUAUUUUUUAUCAAUGUAGAAAAUGCAUGGGGUUAAUUGAGAGAUUUCAAUGUCGUGAUCACGAUUGUAAUAAAAACAACUUAAAAAAAUGUACUAUUUGUAAGUUUCUCAUUAAUAACUGUGAUUAUAAGUCGCAUAUCUUAAAACACACCUUGAUCAAAAACUUUAUUCAAAAGAACAUGAAAAUUAUUCGAUUUGGUAAAUAUGAUAAUGAAUUAGAUGACGUAUUCAACGGCUUGCCAUCGGAAUUUAGUGGAACCCUUAAAGAUUAUAACUUUUAUAAAUGUACGAGAUGUGAUUUAUACUUAAGGAAGAGUACAACAGAACCUAUGAAACACGAUUGCUCAGACACAAAUUCUAAGAUAGAAUGUACCAAAUGCAAUCUCAGCUUUUUAAAAAAAGAAAUAAAUCGUCAUUACAAGAUACAUGAUAGUGAUCCAUAUUUUGUAAAAGAAAAUUUUAACGUGUUGCUAUAUAACGAAUCGACAGUAGAUUGGACUAAAAUAGAACUCUCCAGAGUGAAUAAAAAUUUAAGCGACAUGACGAGUGAACCAAAAAUAAUUGCCAAGAAAGAAAACAUAACGAAUAAUGAUGAGAAUUCAUUGGUAAGGAUUGCUAAAAUUUAUAAAUGUGAUUGUGGACAACAUUUUCUCGAUAGAAUUAGCAUUCAGUCCCAUUUCCGUUAUUGCAAAACAAAGAUUAUUAAGCAAACCUGUACAAAGUGUUCCCUGUCAUUCUCACCUAAAGAUUUGUUUAGUCAUUUACUGCGACACCAUGGGGAUAAGAGAUAUACAUAUAAAUUUACUAUUAUUCCCAUGACUAUGCUUAAAAAUAAAGUUAUAGACUUGUAUAAUUGUUCGAAUUGUAAUUUACAUUUUGCAGAAUCCGAUAAUGCUUUAGAACAUUUUUCCAAUUGUUUACAUUCUAUGAAUGAGGGAAGCGAGUGUAGUAAAUGUAAGCUGUUUUUUGAUAAUUCAUGUUUUGAUUUCCAUGUAAAUCAUCACCACGAUGAUGAUGUAGCAGAUUUUGAUGUAGUUGAUAUAAUAGGAAUAAAUAAUAUUGCCAAAAACAAUACUGAUGAAAAUGAAGAAAUUCCAAAUUUAACAUCACAAGCACAUUCUAUUAUUGAUGCUAACUACAAAAUAUCAGAAGAGAGUUUAAGUCAAGUUAGUCUUAAUUCGUAUAGUAAUACAAUUUAUAAAUGUGUCGAUUGUAAUAUACACUUUUUGACUGAGCAUACGUUUAAAAAACACAAAGAAAGACACGAACCGGUGUCUUUUAUUCAAAAGAAUUGUGAAUUGUGCGGCUUAAAUUUUUCUUUACCUUCCUUAACCAAACAUAUAUAUGUGCAUCAUUCUCAAAUGAAGCUGGAAUCAUCAAAUAUAAAUAUCAAAUGUACUUUAAAAUGAUUAUUUUGAAAAAGUGUAACAAAUGUUAAAGUCAAAAAGUAUUCCAAAUAUAUAAGUAAGUACAUUUUUUUAGGUUUUAUUAGAUUACUUUGAUGUUUUAAGUCGUUUGUGUUCAUACUUUAGUAAAGAGCCAGUUAUGUACUUUGUAAGCUAACGUUAUUAUAAAGUUCUGUAUCGUUUGUAUUCUAUCUUUUUUGUAAAUAAAUAAUUUUAUUUGUCUUUUUUAAUAUCUCUUAUAAUGAGGAAUGCCAUCGAUUUUUUAUUUAUACAUCACAGGCUAUUAAAAAAAAAACAAAAAAAUUAAACCUAUUUCAAAAAAAUCGCAAUAUAGAGAAACGGCCGAAAAGAGCUACAAUACAACAAUUUUCUUUUUAAAAAAAUUUAAACAUAAAAACAGGUUACACUAAUAUUUUUUUUGAGGUUGGUGCCAGAUAUAUUUAGAAAAAUAUAAUGUAUGGUGUAUUUUCGUGUCCUGAUCCUAUUGCUAAAAACCUGUCGCAAAUCCUAUCCUUUACCUACCUUCGUUUCCCUACCUUUGACACUGGCAAAUACACAAACCGUGUGACGCCAAAAGAAGAAAAAAAAAUGUAUGGUAAGAGAUUUUAUUGAAGAUAAAAAUUUGUGGUAUUAUUUCUCUCUUUUGAGUCGUUUUUCUUUAUUAAGAUUUUUUUAAAGUGGUUUAUUACUUCUAUAUUUUUUAAUUAGAAUUUAACACCAACCUAAUGAUAUUAUUAAUUCCAACUUAUCUAUACGUAGUUUUUGCUUCACGUAUCUAUACGUAUACGUGAAGCAAAAACUUUGGACCCUUAUUUACGAAAAUUUCGAGGACGGAGGAGUAUGAAAUUUGUUACACUUAUAGUUUAUACUAGUGGCCACCAGCGACUUCGUCCGCGUUUUCCAUGAUUUCUUCGCUCCUAAUAGUUGCAGCGUGAUGUUAUAUAGCCUAAAGCCUUCCUCAAUAAAUGGCUAUUCAACACAAAAAGAAUCUUUCAAUUCGAACCAGUAGUUCCUGAGAUUAGCGCUUUCAAACAAACAAACAAACACUUCAGCUUUACAAUAUUAGUAUAGAUAUAUCGGGUCCAGGAUGAUAAAAUAGUAACAAAAUGAAAUUAUUAACUUGAUAUUAACAAACCCUAGGUUCCUGUUUUUUUAUAAGUCAUGUCUUUGUCAUGUGUUCGUCUUUGUAGCUACCUGAAGACUAAUGUCAUUAAACCAAUGUGUUUCUCAAAAAUCAAUUUCGACUAAUAUAUUUCUAUACCGAUUUCUAUCAUUUUUUUUUUCAUGGAAUACUUAAUACUGUUAACUUUUCUAAUUAGGGAUGUCUGAGAGUGUUAUAAACGUAAGAGUAGACUAUAGACAAAUACAAUCAGAAAGCUUCGAACUGCUAAGCUAUCGGGAGUUGCACGUGUUAUUGUGAGUCAACCAUAAAAGAUAGACAUAUGCUGUCGUAGAAUAUUUUUUAUAUAAUUUUAAGGAGAACAUUUCCGUCAUACAUGAUUUCUGGGUAGCUUUAACCAUUAAGGUUGCACACGCGACGGAAGCUUAAAAAAUGGAGUAACUUCUCCCGUUUUCCCAACAUUUCCCUUCACUGCUCUGCUCCUAUUGUUUGUAGCGUGAUGAAAAGUAUACUAUAACCAGCUCGGAGUAUGAAAAUAAUUGUACCAAGUUUCAUUACAGUCCGUCGAGUAGUUUUUGUAUCUAGAGGAUGUUUGGUAAUACAUGUAUAAUCCCGAAACAUGGCCAUACAACCUAGCACAAAGAACACAAAUAAUAUGUCAAAAAACAAUUUCACGUAAAUUGAGAUUUUCAUACAAAUAUUUGAACAAUUUGUUUUCAAUGAAUAUGUUACACCCCUGUAAGCUUACACGUGCCGACCCGGCGUACUCGCUCUCUCUCUCUCUCUCUCUCUCUCUUUCUCUCUCUCUCUCUCUCAUUACCUCUCACUCUCGUUUCCAAGAAUACAUUUUGAUGUUGCCGACGCGCACACUCG